CCAACCACCGCAACCCGUCCGACAAAACCACACACCUCAACACUCAAAAUGGGUCGUCUUCACUCCAAGGGAAAGGGUAUUGCCUCUUCGGCUCUCCCUUACUCUCGCACCCCCGCUCCCUGGGUCAAGAUCACUCCUGACCAGAUUGUCGACCACAUCUGCAAGCUCGCCAGAAAGGGUGCUUCUCCCUCUCAGAUCGGUGUUGUCCUCCGUGACAGCCACGGUGUUGCCCAGGUCAAGACUGUCACUGGUAACAAGAUCCUCCGUAUCCUCAAGUCCAACGGCCUUGCCCCCGAGAUCCCUGAGGACCUGUACCACCUGAUCAAGAAGGUAAAUAUUGCUACCCUUCGCACAUUCCUGCCGGGUCGCAACAAUGCUAACGCUGUUGCCGUCCGCAAGCACCUUGAGCGCAACCGCAAGGACAAGGACAGCAAGUUCCGCCUCAUUCUCAUCGAGUCCCGUAUCCACCGUCUGUCCCGCUACUACAAGACCGUCGGUGUCCUUCCCCCCACCUGGAAGUACGAGAGCGCUACUGCCAGCACCCUCGUCGCUUAAGCGAUGAGCAUGCGCUUCUCUCGUCUGGACAUGUGAUAUCCCGGGUUUGGUUUUCUCGGCGGGCCGCGCCGUUCAACUUUCAACUCCUCCGUUCUCUUCGUUAUUGGUCAUUCCGAAAUGGAUGGCCAUUGUGGGGGAAGGGAGAGACGGUGCCGAUUUCAAUAAAGGUAGUCGGUUUAGUUUAGGAUAAGGUUUCUUAUAUCGAAGCUAGAUCAGGUUAUCUACCGCGAGUCAAUGAGAUCUAAAAUAAAAAAGUUUAUGACCCUACCAG